AUGCUCGGCGGCCUGUACGGCGACCUCCCGCCGCCGUCGUCGGCCGGCGACGAAGACAAGGCCUCCACGGCCUCCGUUUGGUCCAGCGCCACCAAGAUGGCGCCUCCCACCCUCCGCAAGCCGUCCACCACCUUCGCCCCACCCUCAUCUAUUCUCCGGAACCAGCACCUGCGCCCGCCCAAAGCCACCUCCACCUCCGCCCCCACUCCCCCCAUCGUUGCCGCCGAACCCGCCCCGACCACCUUCCAGCCCGCGUUCGUCGCCGUCCAGUCCACCGUGCUUGACGAGUACGACCCUGCCAGGCCCAACGACUACGAGGACUACCGUAAGGACAAGCUCCGGCGCGCCAAGGAGGCUGAGCUGAACAAGGAGCUUGAGAGGCGGCGCCGCGAGGAGCAAGAGCGGGAGAGGGAGCGCGAGCAGCGGGAGAGGGAGGCCCGCGAGCGCGAGGAGAAGGACUACCAGUCCAGGGCCUCCUCCCUCAACAUAUCCGGCGAGGAGGCGUGGAAGAGGAGGGCAGCGAUGAGCGGUGGCGGUGCUGCUGCUCAGAGAACCCCAUCGUCCCCACCUCAUGGGGAUGGCUUUGCCAUUGGGAGCUCAUCUUCUGCUGGGUUGGGUGUGGGCGCCGGUGGACAGAUGACUGCUGCCCAGCGGAUGAUGGCCAAGAUGGGGUGGAAGGAAGGUCAGGGGCUUGGUAAGCAAGAGCAGGGGAUCACCGCUCCUCUGGUGGCCAAAAAGACCGAUAGGAGGGGAGGAGUUAUUGUUGAUGAGAGCAGUUCCAGGCCUCCAGAAAAGAAGCCGAGAUCUGUCAACUUAGAUGGGCAACCGACACGAGUUUUGCUGCUCCGCAACAUGGUUGGUCCUGGUGAGGUUGACGACGAGCUGGAAGAUGAGGUGGCAUCAGAGUGUGCCAAGUAUGGGACGGUGUCUCGGGUGCUGAUAUUUGAGAUCACACAGGCAGACUUCCCAGCUGAUGAGGCUGUAAGGAUAUUCAUACAGUUUGAGCGGGCAGAAGAAGCAACGAAGGCAAUGGUUGAUCUGCAAGGGCGGUUCUUUGGCGGACGUGUGGUGCAGGCAACCUUCUUUGACGAGGAAAGGUUUGGGAGAAACGAACUUGCUCCGAUGCCAGGGGAAGUACCAGGGUUUUUCGACUAG